GAAUAAGGUCACUGAUUCUUGAGUUGCUUUCAAUUAAUACUUGGACUUUGAUUACAAAUAAACUUCACUUUAACUUGAAACCUGCAAAAUUUGAUCAGUAUUAUGAUGAAUAAAUGAAGGCAUGCACAAUGUCUCUGAUGAUGCAGUCAACAGUGGCUGGCACGCUGAGCUGAGCACCCAAAUGUCUUCUGAAUCUUGCAAAGUUGAGGCUGAUGCUACAGAGGCCAGUGGCUCAUCUCCUCCCCUAGAAACAGUGGCAGUUUACAUCAAGGAGGAGCCUCAAGGUGGAGGAGAGGACAUAGCUGUGAAGGUGGAACCAACUGACAGUAGUGAAAAAGAGUGUGGUUCAGACAGUGGGUCGUCGAGGGUGUGUGCAGCUUCAGCUUCUAGAAGAGGUUCAGCAAUGAAUUCAAGUGACAAUGUAAAGCUUAUUUUAGCCGUUGAAAAACACCCUGCAGUUUGGGAUAAGGCCUGCAGCGACUACAAGGACAAGAAUAAAAAAGUCAAUGCAUGGAAGACCAUAUGCAAAGAGGUUACAGUAAAUCAUGCAGAAAUCAAAGAUGACGAAGCAAAAAAUAAUGUUGACUCGUCGUCUGCCCAGUACCAGCUAGGCUCGUCGUCCGUCAACAUAGAGCUCUGA